UCCUAUGACUGUCCUCAGAAUGUCCCCCAGAUGUCCCCAGAAUGUCCCAUAGAAUGUCCCCCAAAUGUCAUCUUGUGUCUUCAGGUCUUGUCCUUUGGGUUAAACCCUGCCCUUGCUUUGUCUUCGUGAAGAUGUGGACAUACGUUGGACAUGCGAGCAUCUCCAGUGCGUCACUGGUGUGAGUUUGUGUGGCAUCAGCAGGCUCCUCCCUCUGUGCUGAGCCCCGCCCCUGUCCUGUGCAUCAGUAUAAAAAGGAGGGACGGGUCUGUUUGAGCCACAGCAUCGACACCAGGACGAGGAUCAGCAUCUUCAGACUGAAACGACAGCUGCAGACAUGAACAUUGGAUUCUGUGCGUUUAUCCUGUUGGUGACGAUGACCAGUGGGAGGAGUCUGUCGUCACAGUCAGCGGUCGUCCAGUCACAGAGAGCCGAGGCCCUGGCAUCCAACAGCCUGACCCCACCCUCGCCCAACCACACCCACCAGGCCCGCUCGUGUCCCCCCCCAGGACAGAUGGACCACUAUAACCACGUCCCAGGAGGGGACACCCAGGACAGUGUGAACCAGCUCCUGGCCCGCCUCAUGUCCAGGAAAGGUGUCCCGUCCCAGACCAGGUCUUCCUUGUCCAUCAGGUCCGCUGGUCCUGGUCUGGGUCCAGGUCACCGGAUAAAGGACCGGGACUACCUGGGCUGGAUGGACUUUGGACGUCGCAGCGCAGUGGAGUACGAGUACUCCUCCUGAAGACAGCACCUCCUCUGUCCUAAAGUCCACAGACAUCAGUCCGUCUCACGCUGCACUGAACCCUGGACGGACUGGACCCAAACCCGGACCUGAACCUCCAGAACACACAGGGACCAGGACCACCUUCAUCCAGUCGUUUCCUUUGGCUUUAUUUGUUCAGAAGAAUUUUCAGAAAUGUAUGAAAAUAAAAAAAACAAUAAAAUCAAUUGUCAAAGCC